AUGCAGCAUUCGACCAAGCUCCAGGCUGCCGACAACGCCUUGGCGUCUGCGACGACUGAGCUCAAAGACUUCCUCAAGACGAAUCGCGCCAUGGAGCAGAGCACCCAAACCACGAGCAAUGCGACGCAUGAGCUCAAACGCCAUGCGUCCCGCGAGGAAAGCGUGUUCAGGCGCCGCAUGCAGGAAGUGGACGAGGCAAACAAAGAC